AUGAGAGACCCGACCAUCAACCCCAAGCUGACGCGACUCCGACGCGCCUGCGACAUGUGCAGCAUGCGCAAGGUGAAAUGCGACGACGCCAACAUGCCCUGCCGCCCUUGUCGCGAGCUGGGCGUUGACUGCACCUUCAACCGAGAAACCAAGCGACGCGGGCCGCCAAACAAACACGCCGAGGCGGCUAAAGCGGCUAAGAGAUCUCGCAUUGACACAGCGGUGGUGCCUCCUGGGUUCCCAUCGUCUCCGUCGCCUCAGAAUGCUGCCAAGACGCUCAUGACCAUAUCGACGGAUGGCGUGCUGGAUGCAGAGGCGAUUGCGCCAAUGCCCGUGCUGGAGCUUCUCGUGGACGACUUCUUUACAUAUAUCCAUCCGCUUGCUCCGUUUCCUCACGAGCCAACAUUCCGUCAGUCUUUUGCGAACCGAGAGGAUCGAACGAAACCUGAGUUCCUGGGACUGUUGGCCAGUAUGAUUGGUGCCUUGGUCGCAUCAUUUCCACGGAGCGCCAGGGAACACCUCAAGGCUCAGCAUAGCACGCAUCUCUUCCCCAAGGCUAUAGUCAUGAUUGAAAAAUGCCGCGACAUUGCCCUCCUCACACGCGGAAGCAGAUGGGUGCUGAAACAACCAAAAACACUGGAUGAUGCUGCUACCAGCUACUUUCUCGGGUUGGCGUCUGGCUAUACUCUGCAAUGGAAUGCAUCUCGUCAAUUCAUGGCUGAGACUUUGACACUCCUGCGAGAGCUCGGCUUCAGCAGACCUAAACAUCCUGGAGAACUUCCUACUUUUGGGAGUGACAACUUUGCUCCUGAUCCGAUGCCAUUCAAUCAUGUCAAGGACCAGAUUGGCAAGCGCAUCUUCUGGUGCCUACUGUUGGGCGUUCGCUCCUUUUCCCAGCUCGGCGCCUCUCACACAGACAUUGUCAUUGCUCCAUCAACACCCAAUCUCCCCUACCCCGCUUAUCCUGAGAAUGUUGAUGACAUUUGUGUUCUUGCGAAUGAAAUUAUUCACCAAGCGGAGGGCAGUGUUACGCUUCUCACAGGCUUUCGAUUCGGUAUCGACAUCUACACUACCAUGAAUGGCGUCGUCAGCUUGGAGUUGGCGUAUGGCAUGAGCACUCUCCCCUGGGCUGACCAAAGACUUCUUCUUAGAGAUGGUCUUUUGGCUGCAAAGAGCAUCAUCGAUAAUCUGCCCCCAGAGCUCCAGCUGGGCAACCCUGCAGACGAAUCAAAUCCACUGGCUGCCAUGGAAGAAUCCGGCCUUCAGUAUGUCCCACCUGUAUGGCCAAACACGCAGCCACCACACGAUGUGCGCAACAUCAUCAAGAACCAGCCCAUGAGGCGUCGACAGCUCCAAUACGAGAUUCAGAAAGCCAAUAUCUUUGUCUCACAACUCGCCACGCGAUCGUACUUUGUGGAGCUAUACUUCAACCUAAGAGACGUUCACCUCAGCGAGCAGCAGCAAACCCUUGAAGUUGAGAAUACGAGCGAAGAGGAAAACGUCAUUCAGAAUGCAGACGACAAAGAGAUUUUGGAGUUCAUGUCUGCUGAGAGAGAAAUCAUUGUCCAAAACCUCUUGACAGUGCUGGGAUCCAUCUCACAGCGAAAUCUCGAGCCAAACGGAGGGUCUCUCAUCAACAAAAUCCGCCAGGUCGCUUCUACCCUGCUGAAUGAUGCUCCCGAAAGGAAAGGCCCGUUUGCCAUCAAAUCAGAGGAGGCGUUGGCACAACUACUUGACAUAUUGGUGAAACUUGAAAAGACAGGCCCUGUUGGAGAGACGAUGACUGCGGAGGAUGAAGAGGAAGAACUGAGACACUGGGCUGAUUUGAGGGAGUAUCAGCUGCGUUUCGCUGCCAAUGGAGGGUUUGCUGGCGACUUGUAA